CGGCAUCACUAUUUGCACGGCCAUUAUACACACUCCAGUUGACGCCGCGCUCGCGCUCGCUGAUCGCUUUUGUUGGGUGCUCUUCAAAGGGAGCCGGCUUUUUAGAAAACAUCUGCAUCAUUGGACGUCUGCGAAGGCUCUUCUUCACCUUGUUUACUUUUGUGACAUAACCUGACAAUCUCACAAUGAUGUCCCGAGGCUCCAUGAAGGACGUCAUCGACGUGAUGCAGCUGCGACAGACCAAAGGUCGCGAGUUCCCUCCUGUCAAAUACGAGGACCGUGUCAACCAUUUCUCUGGCGCUCGCUUCAUAUUUGAGUGUGGACUGAAGCUUAAUGCACAACCCUUGACGAUUGCCACCGCUGCUGUGUUGUUCCAUCGGUUCUUCAGAGAAGCAGACAUGAAUUCAUACGAUACUUAUCUGUUUGGUGCUACAGCUUUAUACCUUGCAGGCAAAAGCAAAGAUGAUGGACUGAAGUUGCGCGAUGUCAUGAAUGUCUCACACAGUACAUUAAAUCGUAACUCACCUCCCCUAGAGCUCAAUAAUGACUACUGGAACCUCCGCGAUUCCAUUGUUCAGGCUGAACUUCUUCUCAUGCGCAUGCUUCGCUUUGAAGUAACCCCAGACCAUCCUCACAAGUACAUGUUCCACUACCUGAAGAGUCUGCAAGGCUGGUUUGAAUCUGACCAGUGGAGGCGAAUCCCCCUAGCCAAGGCUGCCUUUGCCUUCUUACAGGACUUCCAUUUGGAUGCUGCAGUGCUGGAUUACUCUCCUCAGCACAUUGCUCUGGCUUGCAUUGGCUUGGCUUUACAGUGCUAUGGAGUCACUGUCCCUCUAACUGAUGAAUGUGAUGGACCUUUCUGGUACUCAGUGUUUGCUGAUGAUCUAAAUAAAGAUAAAAUGUGGGAAAUAAUGGAGAAGAUCAUGGGUGUAUAUGAUAAGGAAUCAGAAGUGCCCACAGCAUAAUAACUAGUCAUCUGAGGCCCCAGGAACUGAUACAUUCACCAUUAUAUUUCAUAGACUUAAAGAUUAAUAAAACUUAUUUUAGAAAGGUCA